CCGGAUUGAACCAACUGGGAGGAGGAGGAGCAGCAAACGCGCCCCAUUUCCACAUCUGCGCUUGCGUCGCUGAGACUUGGCGGCAGAUUUCGUAUUUCGAGGAAGUGGCGCGCUGCUACUGCUGCUGAGGCGCAGCUAUGGAGACCGGUUUAUUUAACAACACCAGUGAUGUUAUGGAUAAAAAUGUUACUACAUCUCCAAAGAAGCCAUCUUUCUUUGAAAUAUUCAAAGCGCAACACAGUGAAUCAGAUUUAGGACCAAUAAGUAUCAACUGGUUUGAAGAACUCAGUUCAGAAGCUCCACUGUAUAACUCUAAAAGACCAGAAGAACCUGAACAUAAAACUAGUGACCUGGACCAAAGUAAUUUUAAAACACCACAGAGGAAGCUGCCAGCAAAAAACCAAUUUGCAUCAACUCCAAUGAUAUUUAACGAACCAAAUAAAUCGGUGCCAUUUGUUUCUCCUAUAAAAGAAUUGGGUCAGAGCAAAGCAGAAGCAGUGCUAAAUGGAAGUUUCCUGCAUACACCCAAGAUUUUUGAGGUUCAGACACCAAAAUGUGUUUUUGAAAGCUUAGGAGCAGAAGCUGAUCCUGAGAUGACUUGGUCAAGUUCAUUAGCAACGCCUCCUACACUUUCUCCAACAGUCAUAAUAGCUAGAGGAAAUGAUUCAGUUUCUGGAACAAAGCAGCAUAAUGAAAAAAUUGAGUUGGUCAUGCACAGUCUCAUCUCCAAAUAUGGUAGAAGUCCCAAGACAGAUAGUAUGCAUGUGCAGUCCACAUCAGGAACAGAAGAUGCAUGUGCAGAAACUGACAGCAAAAUCCACAAUUUUGAAAGGUUAUUAGCGGGAUCCUUUGGUAAGAACAUAUUUCACAGUAAAUUAGGAGAAGAUUAUAUGCUACCAAAUGUACCAAUGGAUGAAGAUACACAUGAUGGAACGGAGAAUGAUCUUUCUGUAUGCCUUGCAAGCAGCAAAGCCUUUGUAAGAAAACCAAAAAGAGUCAAGGAAAGUAAGACAUGUUCUGAUAAAGGAAAACGUGAAUAUCAAGAAACUGAUGAAGACAAAAUUAUAACAAAAUAUGGAAAUUCUGCCAAAUGUCACCUGCAGACUAUUCCAAAUAAUGGAAUGCAAAAGCAUUCUUUGAAUCAGAAUAGCACACCAAAAGAAGAUGAAAUACCAUCAUCUUUGCUUUGCUCAUGGUCUCAGCUGGACUUAUCUGGACUUGACAUGACACAGCUUGAAAAAACAUCCUCACACUGUUCUGAUUCAUCUCCUAUGUCACAUAUCAAGAAGUGUUCUGAAGAUAGGCAAUUAUCUGUUGGCAAAGAGUGUCCUAGUACUGAAAUGCUAGAAUCGUGUAUUCAAAACACAUCAUGCCUAAUAAAAGGUAACAAGCUGCUAAACACCAGUUCUCUGGAAAUAAUACCACCGCCUGAAAACUCUCCAUUGCCUGUUGCGAUUAUGAGCAAUAAGAGCCCAAUGUUGGUGAAAGAUUGUGAGGCUGAGCUGGCGUCUGUCAUAAAUGUUUCAGACAGUAGUUCCUUCAUAAUGGAAAACACAACUUUUACAGAAGCUGAUAAUAGUUGCUGUAAUUACUCAAGAGAAAAUUGUAAAAAAACCUAUGAUCCUCUAGGUAGUGUUUCUACCCAAGCUGCUGGUGAUGUUAGUGGACUUAGAAGGUCUGGGUUGAAAAGUAUGACCUCACUUUCUGGUUUGAAAAAACGACCUAAAAAAUUUAUUUAUACAAUAAAUAAUACCCCAGUUCACCAGGAAGAAGGAAUCACAAAGAGAGAUGGCUCCUCUGCUUGCCUUGUGCCAACUUGUACAGAUUUAAAAUAUGAGAUUUCUGCAACAGCCAUAAUAAAUGAAGAACGAAAGGAAGACAUUAUGCAUGCUAACAAGCACGUACUUGAAGAGAAACAGCAAACAGAGUCUGAUAAAAACUGCAUUCUUAGUAACAUUUCCCAUGAAGCUCCACUCAAUUACACAGAAUGUAAUUUUACAUAUCAGUUGUCAAUACUUCAACAGACAGACAACAGAAAAGGAACAAUUAUGCCUUCAAGUAAUAUAUCUGCUAAUCAAGAAACAGAGUCAAGUGAAAGCAUGUCCCAUUCAGUUGGUCACAAGAUAAAUUUACAAAGAGAGAAUGGUGAAAGGUGUAUGAGUUCAUUGAAAGAAGCGGUGGUGGAGGAAUCUACAUUGGGAAUACAUGCAUCAAAAACUGAAAACAAACAAGAAAUCUUGGAAUCAGCUACACAGAAGUUUUUGGAAAGUGGCACUCAGGUGGCUGAACUUGGGUCUCAAGCAAAGGAAACACCAAAACCUACUAUAGAUGAAUCUUUUAAGCUUAUAGCAUUGGAGAAAAAGUUAGACCCAAGCCAGCAUCUACAAGUAAACUUAGCAGGAAAUGCUGAAGAUAUUGAGCAGAGGUGGUUAGGAGGUAUAAGUCAUAGCAGAACUGAAAAGUUUGGUGGCUUCAGAACAGCAUCCAAUAAACAGAUAGCACUAUCUGAUUGCAACAUUAGAAAAGGCAAGUUAUUGUUCAAAGACAUAGAAGAUAAAUUUAUUGAAGAUUUUCCUAGCAAAGGAAUGCAAAAUAUUUCAAAUGAAAAUGCACAGAGAGGUGCUGAGAUAUCUUCACUUGGAAUGAAGAAACUGACUGAAAAUUCAUCUAAUUUUUCACACAUUUCUGAUCUGCUCAGUAUUCAGAUGAAUGGGGCCGAAAUUAUUUUUCCCAAGUGUGCCAGUUCUGCUUUCCAGAACGUGCUUAGUAAUCAACAUCCUGAAGGAAAACUAAAUUUAACAGCAAGCCAAGAAGCUGAAGUUACUGAAAUUUCUAAUAUACUAGAAGAAACAGGUAGUCAAUUUGAAUUUACACAGUUCAAAAAGCAUAAGACGGUGGUGUUCAAUAAUGCUGAUGAGAUGUCUGGAAGCUUUGAUAAAAAUGAUAUAUGUGCUGAAGUUUGGAAAGAAACUGAUUUUGAGAAAAGCUCUGAAGAAAAUGUUCAAAGAGGCCAUGAUCUGUCUCCCAAUAAACAUAAAGGCACAGCUGAUAAAUCUAAGAUACAGAUACAAAGUAGUGAAGAAGCUACAUCCAUUAAUUCAAGCACAAAACAGAACAAUAUUUUUGUCCCAAUUGUUUCAGCACCAUCACAAUUCAAUUUGUCUGAUCUGGGGAGCUGUAGUGCAGCUGGGGGCAAAGAGAUGAGCUUUUAUGUUGAUGCUAUAAAGGAAACUACAAAUUUAGUCAGUGAUCUGGAUGGAGUGAAUGAAAUGCUUAGCCCUCACCAAAAAAUAUUGCUACGCGAUUGUUCAAAUAGGUGCAACAAUAGCUGGAGUAAUCCGAACUGCAUGAAAGAGAGAGAGAUUGAUUGGCAUCAGAGGGUCAAAGAAGUAAAUGCUGAAUAUUUGAUGAAAAAGAAUACAAAAGAUACAAUUAAAUUUGUUAAAGAAAAUAUAGAAAGUAAGUCAAAAAUUAUAAAUUAUAAUGAAGGCAGGGUUCAGAUUUCUAGUACUACAGAAGUUAACCUAAAAAUUAUUAAAAAAUACUCAGUCUGUAUGACAGGAAAUGAACUGUCUUCCUUUGAAAAUAAUCAAAGUGUAUUAGUCUCACAUCACUUUGUAAACUGUGCAGAAACUCAGUGUAAUUAUAAUUUGCAAGAAGCUUUGUCGGAUCUAACAUGUUUAGCUGAAGUUGCUAAAACUGAAAAAAGAUCCGCCUUGAAUAAUGCAUUUGGAAAAGAAAACUGUAAUUUAAAUCAAGAGGAGAAAAAGGUGAGCAAUCUACAAAGUGGUUGUUUUCUUAAGAGAUUUCACACUGUUGCUGAUGGCAACUUACUUGCAGGAAAAAGUAAAAAGCUUCAUUUGUUGGCUGUCUCCUGUCCAAAAGAAGAACUAGAGACUAUGUCAACUUCCAGUGGGAAGACAAGCCCUAAAAGCAAAAAGGGAGAUGUCAGUUCUGUAAAAGAGAAUAUUAACUUAAGUGAAACUGAAAGGUCCAACCAUCAAGGAAUCUCUGAAAUCAGAAAAGAGAAGCAGAUUAUUGCAAUGGGUUUUCAUACGGCUAGUGGUAAGCAAAUUACAAUUACUAAUGAAUCAUUAGCCAAAGCAAAGCAUCUUCUUUCAGAAGAUGAAACUGUUUUUCCAGAAAUGGAGGAAGAGGUUAGUAAUUUUAUCAAGCCUAUAAUUCAGGAGAAAAGAAAUGACAAAAUUACAAAAGUUAGCAAGGAAUUUGAAGAAGGAAAUGAAAAACAUGAGUAUGUGCAUCCUGAAGGUAACUUUGAAGAUCUUCCAGAUUUGUCCUCAAACACUAUUAAGAAGAAUGAGGAUCUUGACACUAUUAAAGAACUUUCUUCAGAGAUGAGUGCAUCUGAAUCAGAUUUAGUAUCUCAUACUAAAGGGGAGAAAGUGAAUGAAGGCUUGUUGACAAAGAAUAAUCUGGCAUGUAUAAAAAGCAAAAAUAUUUCAAAAAUGGAAUUUAUUGACUCUGCUAUUGAUCAGCAUUUGCCUGUUGAAGGGUCAGAUAUUAGUGCAAUGCAAGGUUUUCAGGACUUGUCAUCUAGAAAUACUGGCAAUAAUAAAAGCCUUGAUUCCUCAAACUUAAUUUGCAGUACCACUUCAAAAGCUAGUACCUCUGAUUUAAAGAGUGAGCAUUCUUUGUUGAACCAUUUACCAGAUGAUUGUCAUAAGGAAAAUUAUGUGUCAGAUAAUUUAACUUUUAUUUCUCAAGAAGCAUCACCAUCAAAAAAUGUGUUUGCUGAAAAUAAUGAUCACACUUAUGAUGAAACUUGUAAAAAUGAGAGUAGCAGGAUACAGAAAUGUGACUUAAGAUUGUUCAGUACAAACGUCUUGCAGAAAUAUUCAGCCAGUGAAGCACCAACUUCAACUUCAAAACAUUUGAAGGCUAAGCCAGUUGCGUUCAAUACAGCAAGUGGUAAAGCUGUUGGAGUUUCUCAGGAAGCAUUAAAAAAAGUCAGACAAGUGCUUCAUGAAGACUGCUAUAAAUCUGUAAAAGACAACAUGGAAUCUCAACCUAAAACAAAUAAACAUGACCGUUUAGAAAGCUGUUCUGAUACCCGUGGCACUGGAGUGUGUAUUGAUUCUAAUAACUACUCAUCUGCAGAGAACAUUCCAGUGGAAAAUAUAAUUGCACCCCAGUUCCCUCAAGCCAAAGAGUGCUGUGCAGAUGAGCACACAUUACAGUAUACUGGAUCUAUGACCUUGAACACUCACCCUGAGUUAUGCUUUCAAAUGAAUGAUAAGCAUUCUGAUACAUGGACUUCCAACAAACAGAAGUGUAUCAAGUCAGAUUUUAUUACUGAUAACUCUGGUUUUUUUAGCACAGCUAGUGGAAAACCUGUCCAGUUAUCUGAAGAGUCAUUAAAGAAAGCAAGACUGCUUUUUUCUGAAUUGGAAAAUAAUUCAUCAGAUCUCCCAAGUCAUGUCUCUAACUGUGAUUAUAGUUAUGAUGAAGUAUCUUCUGCUGGGAGCAAAGAAGCUCCAAAGAAAGACACAAUACUUGUAUCUCAAGGGGAAAGACUUUCAAACAUUCAAGCAAACGCAAAUAUUCCCUGUGGCUUCGCUACAGCAAGUGGAAAACAAGUACAAAUUUCUCAAAAGGCUCUCCAGAAAGUUAUGGGUCUCUUAAAAGAAUUUGAUGAUGUUAGUAGUGAUAGUUUUUUCGAUGCUCAACAGAGUGUGGGGCAAGGUCCUAUAAAAGUUCUUGCUACAGAGGCCAUAGAGCAGGAUGAAGUUAUUUCAGAGUCUAAACCACGUAAGAAAUAUAAAGCACUUCAUUCAGCCACAAGUACACCUAAUGAAAAUAAAAUUAUAAAAAGCCCAUUGAGCAUUAAAAUACCUGUGUGCAUAUCUCAUAUUAAGAAGCAAAAACAAAUAGCUGAGUUAGAAGAAAGCUUUACAUGCUCAAAAGAAAUUGAGGCUUUGAAGAUAACCCAACCAUGCAAAACUAAAUGUGCAGCAAAUUGUGGUAUUGCAACAGAAGGAAAUCUGGAUUCUGAUUGUCGUCAUUACUCACAAACUCCAGAAAAUUACUUGGAAAUAGAAGCUACAGAAAGUGCCAAAGCUUUCAUGGAAGAUGAUGAACUUGAAGUACAGAAAAAUAAGAAUUCCAUAUUGGGUUUAGAGAAACCUAAUAAUUUUCUGUCAUAUACAAGAACUGGAAAAAGGCACAUGAAAGAAAAAAACACUUUUGGGGAACCUCCUAUUAAAAGAAAAUUGCUGCCUGAGUUUGAGCAGUCAGAAGAACGCAACAAAGCACCUUUGAAACCUUCAAAAAGUUAUCCGGAGGGUAUAGUGAAUGACAGAAAAAAGUUCACCUACAAUAUUCCUUUAAAGCCAGUGGUCUGUGGCCCUUUAAGUAAGACCUUAACUGAGGAAAGGAAGAAAGCAGAAAAUACAGCAAAGAAACCUGCCAAAAUCUUUGCACCACCUUUUAAAACAAAAGAAAAUGCUUCUGAGGAUAAACUAGGUAACAGCAAAGAAUCUGCCUUCAUGAACAACAAAAGUAUUAAUAGAAUGGAACAGCUUUGUCUUACAAAAGUUAACCAGAGCACUACUGAAACAGAAGGCAAUAUCUUUGAAGAUAAUUCCAUGCAAAUAUCGGCUCUGAAUUCAGAAUCGAGAGAUACAAAUUCAGAUUUAACAAAAAUAAUAGCAAAUCUUCAAUAUGCAAGAAAUCUACAAGACAUCAGAAUUAUAAAGAAACAAAGCCAGAGAAUUUGUCCACAACCAGGCAGCCUGUACCUUGUGAAAAUAUCUGCUCCUUGCAAAAUUCCUCUGAAAGCAGCAGUGGGAGAGAAAUUGCCUGGUUCUUUCACCAGCGAUCAGUUGUAUGCAUUUGGCAUUUCCAAGCAGUGCCUAAAAAUAAGCAGCAGAAAUGCAGAAGAUUUUCAAUUUAUCAUCCAGGAUUUUUUCAGCAGAGAUUAUUUUCUAGAAGAACGUGGAAUACAACUGGCUGAUGGUGGAUAUCUUAUUCCAACUGAUGAAGGAAAGGCAGGAAAAGAAGAAUUCUACAGGGCUUUGUGUGAUACACCUGGUGUGGAUCCUAAGCUAAUUUCAAAAGCUUGGGUCUACAAUCAUUAUAAGUGGAUUGUGUGGAAACUAGCAGCUAUGGAAGUUGCAUUUCCAAGGGAAUUUGCCAAUAAAUGUUUGACUCCGGAAAGACUACUACUUCAGCUAAAGUACAGGUAUGAUGUGGAAGUUGACCAAAGUCAUCGCUCAGCCAUCAAAAAGAUAAUGGAAAGAGAUGAUGUUGCUGCAAAAACUCUCAUACUGUGCAUCACUAAAAUAAUAUCAUUGAACACAAAUAUGUCUCAGAUCAGUGGUGAUAAAAGCACUGCUGAGGACAGCAAAAAAGACAUAGCACUGGUUGAAGUUACAGAUGGCUGGUAUGGAAUCAAGGCUGUCUUGGACCCUCCCCUCCAAUCACUGUUGUGUAGAAAGAAGCUGACUGUGGGCCAAAAGAUUGUUGUACAUGGAGCAGAACUUGUGGGUUCUCAGGAGGCAAGCACUCCACUGGAAGCGCCAGAAUCUCUUAUGCUGAAGAUUUCAGCUAACAGCACUCGACGCGCACGAUGGUAUGCCAAAUUAGGAUACCAUCGGGAUCCCCGGCCAUUCUCUUUGUCUUUGUCAUCACUCCUUAUGGAUGGUGGGACUGUUGGUUGCAUUGAUGUCAUUGUUCAAAGACUUUAUCCCAUGCAGUGGAUGGAAAAAACAGCAGGUUCCUACGUGUUUCGUAACUGUCGAGCUGAAGAAAGAGAAGCUGCAAAGCAUGCUGAGAAUCGACAAAAAACCCUGGAAGCAUUGCUUGCAAAAAUACAAGUUGAAUUUGAAAAGAAUGAGGAUGGCGGCAAAAGAGUACUGCGAUCCCGCACGUUAACCAGACAACAGAUUCGCUCUCUGCAAGAUGGGGAAGAACUUUACGAGGCAGUUCUUAAUGCUGCUGAUCCAGCUUACCUGGAAAGUUAUUUCAGUGAGGAGCAGUUAAAGGCCUUGAACAGUCACAGACAGAUGGUAAAUGAUAAAAGGCAAGCACAGAUAGAAGCCGAAUUCAGGAAGGCGGUGGAUUCUGCUGAGGAGGAAAACAGUUCCUGCAGAAGGGAUGUAACUGCCGUAAUCAAGCUACGAAUUGUGGAUUAUAGAAAAGAAAGAGGAAAAGAAGUAGUGCUGAGUAUCUGGCGCCCAUCAUCAGACGUUUGUACCCUCCUAAGGGAAGGAGCUCGGUAUAGAGUCUUCCAAUUAUCUGCAUCCCAAUCCAAAGGGAAGUUGGAGACUGCCAAUAUACAGUUAACAGCUACCAAGAAAACUCAGUAUCUGCAGUUGCCAGUGUCUCAAGAAAUCCUGUCACAAGUUUACAGGCCAAGAGAGUGCCUGAGAUUCAACAAGCUGUUGGAACCAUCUUUCCAUCCUACCUGUUCUGAAGUGGAUUUGGUGGGAUAUAUAGUUUCUCUAAGAAAAGGAACGGGUUUCUCUACACUGGUGUAUCUGUCAGAUGAGAAUCAUCAUUUCAUAGCAGUCCAGAUCUAUACAGAUCUUAAGCAGCUUGCUGUUGAUGACAUAAUUAUUCCUUCUAUGCUGAUCUCUGCAAUCAACCUUCAGUGGCGACCUGAAUUUAGAUCAGACAUCCCCACAUUAUUUGCUGGAGACCUUUCUGCAUUCUCCUCAAAUCCAAAAGAAAGUCAUCUCCAAGGAUUUUUUAAUGAACUGAGAAAUACUGUAGAGAACAGCAGCUGCUUUGACAAAGAUGCACAAUGCAAACUGAUGAAUUUGCUACAAACAGAUGACCCACAAACAUUUAACUUGCCCAAAGAAUGUGGCUUGGAUCCCAUUUCUCAGAAAUCUGAUGCAGGAAAUAAACAUUCUAUUGCAACUCCUAGCAGUGGACUAUGGCAUCAGAGUCCUUUGUCACUUGGGAAGCUAGAUUCAAAGCCACUGGUAUCUCUAGGGUCAGCAAAAACAACAGCAGAGCUACAAGAAACCCCUAAGAACUGUAAGAAAAGAAGAGCAAUGGACCUGCUUAGUCGAGUACCUUCCCCACCACCAGUGAAGACCAACUGUAUAUUUAUUUCUCCAUCUCUGAAAAGGGCAUUUCAGCCUCCCCGAAGUUCCAGCACUCAACUUGCAAAGUCACUGAAAAGAACAGCAUGUUAUAAUAAAAAAUCUGCCCUCAGAGGGUUUAGUGAGACUGGUUCUCCUCUUGAAAAUAAUUUUGUUGCUGACGAGGAGCUUGCAAUGAUAAAUACACAAGCCCUCGUAAGUAGUUUUCCAGAAGAUACAGGUUGAUUUGGUGGGUACAAUUGUGUAUUCUGUACCUAGUGCUUUUCCUGUCAGCCUUUUAGUAAGAAAUAAUUCCAGUAUUCUGGUAAAUCAGAUAUAUUGCAGGACUGUAAGGAGAGUACUGAGGCUGCUACAAAGGAGACAAAUGGAACAAAUACUUCCAUUAGCUGUGCAGAUGAAGUUCCAAAGACAAAGAAGAUAAAAGUACUUAUAAAUGCCCCUGUACAUUUAAAUAUUUAAGCAAUCUUUGUAAAUGCUGUGUUUUGUACAGGCUUGUUUGUGUAUUGCUCAUUUCAACUCAG